UAGCUAAAUACAAAAACCCUAAACUCAAGGUGAAAACACCAAAUCCACCAAACACAGUUGUAUCAUAGAAAAAUCCAAUUAAAAAUCUUUUUAGUAAUCCAUUUAUAACUGUAAGAUCAAAAAUGAUAAUUACGAUUUUUUUUUCCUUUUUUGUUUGAUUUGUGAUUUUGUGUAAUUAAUGUUUAGAUCCACCGGCGAAAAAGCCUUUUAACACUCAAUUUUGGUUUUGUCAUCUUCUUAAUUUGACAAGAAGCAGCAGCAACAGCUCAUUGAUCUGUCUCUGUAAUAUCUUUGCCGUAACACAAAAACUCAUUUGUGUCGAAUUGAGUAAGAUCUCAAAUAGCUGGUUGUCGGAGAUCUAAAUGCGGAGAAGGCGACAGACAGGGAAUAAAAGGAGGAAAUAGGAAUCGGAUUUGAGAGGAAGAUUUAGAGAUCCGGUGAUGUUGUUUGGUUUGGGAAGACUAGGGUUAAAAGGCGGAGGAGGAGGAGGAGGAUGCAAGUUCACAUAUCGCCGAGCAUGAGAAGCAUAACGAUAUCGAGCAGCAAUGAUUUGAUGAAGAUCAAAGUCGCACCUCGUCACAUCUCUUACCGAACUCUCUUCCACACUAUCUUAAUCCUCGCCUUCUUGUUGCCUUUCGUCUUCAUCGUCACCGCUCUUGUUACCCUCGAAGGUCUCAACAAGUGCUCCUCCAUUGAUUGUUUAGGGAGGCGGUUAGGACCACGUUUUCUUGCUAGGAUAGAUGAUUCAGAGCAGAGACUAGUUAGAGACUUUUACAAGAUUCUAAACGAAGUAAGCACUCAGGAUAUUCCACAUGAUUUAAAGCUUCCUGCUUCUUUUCGCCAACUUGUUUCUGAUAUGAAGACCAACCACUACGAUGCCAAAACAUUCUCCCUCAUCCUUCGAGCUAUGAUAGAGAAGUUUGAAAGGGAUAUGAGGGAAUCCAAGUUUGCGGAACUUAUGAACAAACACUUUGCAGCAAGUUCCAUUCCUAAAGGAAUUCACUGUCUCUCUUUAAGACUAACCGAUGAAUAUACCUCCAAUGCUCACGCUCGGAGACAGCUUCCUUCCCCUGAGCGUCUCCCUCUUCUCUCAGACAACGCUUACCACCAUUUUGUUCUAGCUACAGACAACAUCUUGGCUGCUUCGGUUGUCGUCUCAUCAGCUGUUCAAUCAUCUUCUAGACCCGAGAAAAUUGUCUUCCAUGUUAUCACCGACAAGAAAACCUAUGCGGGCAUGCAUUCUUGGUUUGCUCUUAACUCCGUUUCUCCUGCGAUCGUUGAAGUCAAAAGCGUUCAUCAGUUCGACUGGCUAACAAGAGAGAAUGUUCCUGUUCUCGAAGCUGUGGAAACCCAUCACGGUAUCAGAAACUAUUACCAUGGGAAUCAUAUCGCUGGUGCAAACCUCAGUGAAACAACUCCUCGAAGAUUCGCUUCCAAGUUGCAGUCAAGAAGUCCCAAAUACAUAUCUUUGCUCAACCAUCUUAGAAUAUAUCUACCAGAGCUUUUUCCAAACUUGGACAAGGUAGUGUUCUUAGAUGAUGAUAUAGUGAUUCAGCGAGAUCUAUCUCCUCUGUGGGAUAUUGAUCUUCACGGGAAGGUAAAUGGAGCUGUGGAGACUUGUCGAGGAGAAGACGAAUGGGUUAUGUCAAAGCGUCUUAGGAACUACUUCAACUUCUCUCACCCGCUCAUCUCAAAGCAUUUAGAUCCAGAAGAAUGUGCUUGGGCCUAUGGAAUGAAUAUAUUUGAUCUACGGACUUGGAGGAAGACAGAUAUCAGAGAAACUUAUCAUUCUUGGCUAAAAGCGAAUCUGAAGUCGAAUCUAACAAUGUGGAAGCUUGGGACAUUGCCUCCAGCUCUGAUUGCAUUUAAAGGGCAUGUCCAGGCAAUAGAUUCGUCUUGGCAUAUGCUUGGAUUAGGAUACCAGAGCGAUACCAACAUAGAAAAUGCGAAGAAAGCUGCAGUGAUUCACUACAAUGGCCAAUCAAAGCCGUGGCUGGAGAUAGGUUUCGAGCAUCUGAGGCCAUUCUGGACAAAAUAUGUGAACUACUCCAAUGAUUUCAUUAAGAGUUGUCAUAUCUUGGAAUAGCAAAAACAGAAAGCUCUCAGAUUAUCUUGAAGCGGACUGGAGAUUCAGGACGAUGAAACCAGUUACAUAGCUACAGGAGAGAGAGAUUCAUUCUUUUGUAAAGAUAGAAGGUACCCUUUUGUUGAUAUUCAUUUCGGUUUCGAUUAGAGAUUCCAAAUUCUUGGAUCUGUUACAAGAAAAAAAAAAGAAUGUUUAUGGGACACACCAGAAGAGGGUUUUUGGUGAUGAUCAAUCAAGUACUACUAAGUCCAAAGGAGAGCAAUUACAACAACACUGUUACAUUUGUUCCUUAUUUUUUUUUGACAGUUACUAUUUGAUUUCAUUGGUUGUUACUGUUUAGUGAAUUUAUAAGAACAAUUAUUGCUUUGUUAAGGUCCAUUUAAGACAUCAAUCAUGAGACUUUUCUUGAUGCAGAGGUUACCACUUGAUGAUGUUGAUAGGUAAAAUGUAAAGAAAGAGAGGACAUUUUUUUUUUUUGUCAUCUGAUAUUUUAUUAAACAUACAACAUUACAAUCCUUGUGAAAGAGAGGACAUUAUGGAUUCUUAUUUUAGUUGAUAAUUGUUUUGAAGUCUGAAGUGAUGUAUAAUAUGUCAUUGAAGAAAGAUAGAAGAAUAAAGAAGGUCCUGCUGGGAUUUUCUUACAUUGACAAACUGCCAAGUCGACACUCAACUUUUUUUGCAACAGAGAUGGCAGAAGUUGAUAAUCAACUAGAGAUCAAGUUUAGGUUAACUGAUGGUUCUGAUAUCGGCCCUAAAGCAUUUCCUGAUGCUACAACUGUUGCUGCAUUGAAGGAAACUGUUAUUUCUCAAUGGCCUAGAG